AAUGCUCCGCGCUUCCUGUUCCUAGGCGUCUCGAUGGUCCGGAGUUGGGCAUCGGAAUUGGAGAUUAGCCGAGGUUGCCCGCAAAGACGCUGCUGCCAGGAAUAAAAAUGGAGGAGCAGGACCAGCCAGGACCCAAUCCAGCAAAGAGAUCAGAAGUGAGAGGAAAAGGCUCCUAUGCUGUCCAAACUGGGACUGCCAGGGAGUUUCCAGCUGAGACAACCCCGGGAAUAAUUAAGCAUGAACUAAACAAGGGGCCCCACCAGAAAACUCUGCAGCAGGAGUUCCUGAAGUCCAAAUGGUCUAUGCGUCCAAGAUCGAAACCCUCGCGGCUCUUUCAGUCCCAGCCGCGGUUGGAUGAUGCUAAUGACUUCCAGGCCUCCUUCAAGGCUGUCAUUGACACCAGCCGGUGGCCAACAGGAGAGAGUGCGUCCCGUCGAGAAGCCCGCGGGGCCCAUCAAAGGCUGGAUCCUUUUGUAAAAGUGAAGGAGGAGAUUCUGGAGGAGGAAACUCUCAGCUUGGAGAUACGAUGUCUGCGGUUCCGGCAUUUUGGCUACCAGGAGACCGAGGGGCCCCGAGAGGCCUUGAGACAACUCCGGGAGCUUUGCCGCCAGUGGCUGAUGCCCGAGAGGCACACCAAGGAGCAGAUCCUGGAGUUGGUGACCUUGGAGCAGUUCCUGACCGUCCUGCCCCUGGAGAUGCAGUGCUGGGUCCGGGAAUGGGGCCCGGAGACCUGCACCCAAGCAGUGGACCUUGCGGAAGAUUUCUUACUGAAGCCUCAAGAGGCUGAGAGGACAGAGGAAAAGAUAUGGGGCCCUUUCACAGAUGUGGCUGUUCAUUCGCCCGCGUCAGAGGAGGAUUCCUCAGACACUGCUGAAAUGCAGAUUUGCACAGAGGUCAAGGAGGAAGCAGAUGAGAUCAACUUGCUGGGUCAAGAUUUAGAUGACAGGCACGAACUGGAAGAUGCAGAAGGGAUCUUUGAAGAAGAAACAGUUGAGCAAGUAGUUGUGGUUGGAGUAUCCCCAGAAAGAGCCAAGGGGGAUUUUUCCCAGGACCCUGAAGUCGACAAGAGACCUGGAAGCCAGGAGGGGCAAGAAAAUCGCUGGGACAAGCAUCCGAGGAAGGCGGCAAAACCAUCUGGGCAACGUGAGGAAGGCAACAGGGGCUUGAACCAGAAUACUUUCCAGCACGGAAUCCGCCAGAUCUUUGAUCUCCUGGAGAAUCAGAAGCAGCAGGUGAGGGAGAGGCCAUACAAGUGCACAUACUGCAGGGAGAGUUUCCAGAACAAAUCCCACCUGUCGAUUCAUGAGAGGACCCACACCGGAGAGAAACCGUACGAAUGCCUGAACUGUGGGAGGUCGUUCUCCCAGCACUCAAACCUCCUGAGGCACGAGAGGACGCACACGGGGGAGAAGCCCUACAAGUGUGCCGACUGUGACAAAAGCUUCAACCAGAAGGCCACCCUUGUCAUCCACCAGAGGACCCACACGGGAGAGAAGCCGUACCAGUGCUCAGAGUGCGGCAAGAGCUUCAGCACCAGCUCCCAGCUCAUCACCCACAAGCGGAUCCAUUCGGGAGAGAAGCCGUAUCAGUGCUCCGACUGCGGCCAGAGCUUCAGCCGAAGGCCGCACCUUGUGGUGCACGAGAGGACCCACACUGGGGAGAAGCCAUACAAAUGCACCGACUGCGGGGAGAGCUUCAGAAACAGCUCAGUCUUCAACGUUCAUAAAAGGACCCACACGGGAGAGAAACCGUAUAAGUGCUCCUACUGUGGGCAGAGCUUAAGCCGGAGGACCAACCUCAUUAAACACGAGAGAAUCCACACAGGAGAAAAGCCCUUCAAGUGCCCAGAAUGUGACCUCAGCUUCCGGUCUAGCACCUUGCUGAAAGCUCAUAAGAGGACCCACACAGGGGAGAAGCCGUACAAAUGCCUGGAGUGUGAGAAAAGGUUCUGCGGUCUCACGGGUCUUCGUAAACAUAAGAAAGUGCAUGCUGAGAAACAGCCAAGCUGCUGCCAAGAUUUCAUCAUGGAGGAACAAGACCUUGCAGGACCCAAGCAAGCUGGGAGGAGAUUGGAGGAGGUAGGAAGAGCCCAUGAUGUCCAAGGGGAGAGCACCACCAAGUCUGUGACUCAGGCCCCACCGCAAGGCGUUAAGCAGGAACUAGAAGAGGGGUUGCUGCAACAAGGCUGGGGAGCCCAGUGGUCAGAGUUCCUGGGCGCAUCACAGCCCCCUCAUUCCAGAUGGAAAAACUUUCGCCCCUGGUCAGGGCCUGGUGCCAAAGAAACCCCGGCCUCCAGAGCAGCUGAGGUUUGCCGCUGGCCUAGCCGGGAAUUCGCAACCCAAACCGCGGCAGGUCCUGGUGAUGAAACCCACAAGGCCUACGAAAGCCUGGACUUUGCUGUGAAAGUGAAGGAAGAGGUUCUGGAUGGGGAGGCCCUCAGCUCCGAGACACUGUGUCAGCGGUUCAGGCAGUUCUGCUACCAGGAGCCUGAGGGGCCGCGAGAGGCCUUCAACCAACUCUGGGAGCUUUGCCGCCAGUGGCUGAGACCGGAGAGACACACCAAGGAGCAGAUUCUGGAGCUGGUGAUCCUGGAGCAGUUCCUGGCCAUCCUGCCUCUGGCGAUGCAGAGCUGGGUCCGGGAGAGCAGCCCAGAGACCUGUUCUGAAGCAGUGGCCCUGGCAGAGGACUUCCUAAUGAGGCAGCCAGAGGCGGAGGGAUGCCCACCAAGCACUCCUGCCAAAAGAGCCAGGGAGAGGGAGAGCUACAGGCUACCUUGGAAUAUGUCAGAGCCUCUGGAAGACAUGGCUGAUGACACCACAGUGUCGGCACAAGAUAUGUCAGACCUGGCAAAGCUGCAUUUUGCCUCAGAUGCCGAGCAAAGGAGCAAUCAGGAGGCCACCUUGCUGGGUGAGGAUCAAAUGGAGACAAAAGAGGGAGAUCCACAACCUGUGAAACUCAAUGAGACAUCGUUGGGAAGAGCCAAAGAGGAUUUCCCCCCAUUUCAUGUUGAGGGAGAGGCAGUGCCUGAGGGUCAGCCAGAACCAAGAAGUCUCCAGGGAAACUAUCCCGGGAAGGAAGCAGAGAAGGCCUUGCUUUGUGAAGGAGGUAAUGGAAGCCCUCACGAAAGCACAGCUAACAAAGGGAUGGUCAGGAGCAAAAAGAAGUGCACCGAGUGUGGAAAUCUCUGCGAGGUCUGUGACCUCCCCACGAACCAGAAAUCACAAACGGAGGAAGAGUUUUACAUAUGUCCCCGGUGUGGGAAGACCUUCAAGAAUGGAGUGUCUCUUGCUCCACACCAGGGGACCUCCAUAGCUGGAGCGAAACCUUACCCGUGCUCGGAGUGCGGCAAGAGCUUCGGCACCAAGGCUGCCCUCCUGAAGCACAAGGGGACGCACACGGGCGAGAAGCCCUAUGUGUGCUCUGAGUGCGGGAAGUGCUUCACCACCAGCUCCAACCUGAUCUACCACAACAUCGUGCACACGGGGGAGAAGCCGCACAAGUGCUCCGAGUGCGGCAAGUGCUUCCACUGGAAGUCGUCCCUCAUCACGCACGAGAGGACCCACACGGGGGAGAAGCCGUACGAGUGCCCCGAGUGCGGGAAGAGCUUCGGCAACAGCUCUCAGCUCCUGCGGCACAAGAGGGUGCACACGGGCGAGAAGCCGUACCACUGCUCGGAGUGCGGCCGCAGCUUCAACCAGAUCGCCUCGCUCAUCGCGCACAAGAGGAUCCACACGGGAGAGAAACCCUACGAGUGCUCGGAGUGCGGGAAAGGCUUUGGCACCAGGACGAACCUGAUGAUGCACAAGCGGGUGCACACAGGGGAGAGGCCCUACAAGUGCUCCUACUGCGGGCAGAGCUUCAGCCAGAGGACGCACCUCAUCAUCCACGAGAGGACUCACACGGGCGAGAAGCCCUACACAUGCUCCGACUGCGGGAAGAGCUUUAAUGCGAAAGCGCCCCUCAUCACGCACAAGAGGACCCACACGGGCGAGAACCUCUACCAGUGCUUCCAGUGCGGAAAGAGCUUCAGCACCAGCUCCAACCUCCUGAACCACAACAUCAUCCACACAGGGGAGAAGCCGCACAAGUGCUCGGAUUGUGGCAAAUGCUUCAAUCGGAAGUCGUCCCUCAUUACGCACCAGAGGACCCACACCGGGGAGAAGCCCUAUGCAUGCUUUGAGUGUGGGAAGUGCUUCAUUUCGAGCUCGGACCUCACAAAGCACAAAAAAGUCCACAGGGGGAAGCGCUCGGCCAUCGCGGAAAGCGUUGUGUUUAGCCCGGCACUUGCCAAACCCGGUAGCGUUCAACCGGGAGGGCAGCCUUGCUAGGCCCGAACAAAGGGGAGAUGCUGUCAGGCCUGUGUCCUUUUCAAUACAAGUCUGCCUCAGUCACGUAUAACAGUGAGAGCCAAAGGUUCUGGUUUUAGUGUGUUAAAAUAAUAAAAUAAUAAUGGAUUUGUGAGGCCGGGAGGAACCCCAUGUAGAAGCUCUCGGCAGGUUCCCCAUCCCUGCACCAGAGGGAAAAGGUGCCAGUUUCUGAAGAGGAUGACAGCGUCACUUGAUGUUUCCUUAUUUUCAUGACUCACGAGAAGAAAAUAGAUAACGUACAUUCUGAACUAUCGGAAAUGUGAGAUUUGGCACCUGAAAUACACGUUCAUGAUUGGUGCCUAAAAAUAAUAAUAAAACGUGACAGGCCCCAAACCCUUGUGCAUCAUUUAGCACCAAUAUUGUCACAGCUCUGUGGAUUUAUUUUAUCCAGGGGGUGGCAUGGGGAGAGCUGUUCCAGUGUAGCAGAAUGGGACAUUUCAGAACUUGUCAUUUUUUCAAUACUGUAUAGCUAUUUUAUACAUGUAUUUCUGUUCUUUCUUUUUUACCUGCUCUAAGCUAGUAGGCUGGGAUUAGCUAGGAGGGUCAUGUCUGUAUAUUAGCUGUGGAUUUUUAAGUUCUAUUGUUUGUUUUCCUUUAUGAAAACUGAACAUUUCAGCUUGUCCGCUUCCACACACUGUCUUUGAGUUCAUUGGGAUGCUAUUAUGGGUGUGCCUCCUUUAUGGAUUUGUGCACACAAUGCAUUUAAGGUCAGUGUGCCUUUUUCUCUUUAAGGCACACUGUUAAUUCCACAUUUCUUUUUCACUCCUUUUGUAGCUUCCACUUUAUUAUGUCCCCUGAAGUCUUGUGACUCACCUGACCACAGCUUCAGCUUUGUGAUGUGCUUAUUAAAUUGUGAGAUGUUUGGUCAGUCCUGGAGUUUCCGGAUUCCUUAUUCAAACAAAUAUUCAUUGUAAGAAAUUUGUAAAUAAAUAAUAAGUUUGAAAAUUGUGGGUUAAAAAAAUAAACUACAACUGUCAGCACCCUUCAGAAACAACAGUCCCGGGGAGUAAAGGUAAAGGACCCCUGGACGGUUAAGUCCAGUCAAAGGCAGCUAUGGAGUUGCAGUGUUCAUCUCACUUUCAGGCCAAGGGAGCCGGCGUUUGUCCACAGACAGUUUUCCGGGUCAUGUGGCCAGCAUGACUAAACCGCUACUGGCGCACGGAGGACCGUGAUGAGUGCCAGAGUGCACGGAAACACUGUUUACAUUCUAUAGGCAUCUCCACAGUCUUAAUGACACAUUUCAGCUAAGCAAAAGCACUCGAAGAUGGUGUGGCCUGCAAGGGAGUCGAGGACCAUAGAGACUUGUGGAGGGCCACAAUUCAUACAUGGGUCUGAGGUUUCCCAGCCUUGUCUUCAGCCCAGACAAACAGCACACAACUAAGCGGCAACCCUGAGGGCUCCCCCACUAUCAAAAGCUGGAACUGACAGCUUUUAUUGCUUGUUUGCAGCUAGGUACUGAAAUACUAAUACAGUAGGGAAUUUAUUCUGUGUGUGGAUCCUUAAAUAGCCCAAUUAAUGAUUUAUUCGUUUAUCUAUUAUUUGUUCCAGGUGUGAAUCGCUUCUCAUGAGUCAUCCCAAAACAGUUUAAAAUAUAUAGAAAAGAGUUUACAGAUAUGAAAAACAGUUCAAACAAUUACACAUAUCAAAGCAGUUUUUAUAACACACACACAAAAUUUUAAAAUAAAAAUGAUUUAAAACGGGACACACAUUCAAAUCCAAGACAGAUAACAGAUUUUAUAGUUUGUUGAAGCAGCAGACACCAAAAAGACAACAGUGAAGGCACCAGUCUGAUAUGCAAUUAUAUGUUACAGGUAGGUAGCCGUGUUGGUCUGACGCAGUCAAAACAAAAUUUAAAAAAUCUUUUUCGUGUGCAUGCACACUUCUUCAGAUACACUAAAACAGAAGUCACCAGAACCUUAU